CUACACCUUGCUUUAUUUUAUAGAGUAUCAGAUAUAAAGCCCUACCAGUGACAAAUGUUUCCUUUUUUUUUUCCUAAUAUGCACAUUCCACAAUAUUUUUCAUUUAACAGUCUUAACUUUUUGAUCAAAUAAGAAACUUAUUUUAUAGGCUUGCUUAAUUUGAGACUAGCUAGGAUGAAACUGAAGAUACCAUCCAAUAACCUUUGUAAAUGUUUGCUUUAUAUGUUUCUUGGGAAGCUUCACAGGCCAAUUACUUCAGUUUCCAUAGUGAGCCGGUUUUGAUGUCUUUGCCGUUCAACACACAUCCUGUUAAGAGUUGUCAUUAACUCUGUUGUCGUCUUUGUUCUGCACAGUGCCAAGCACUGAGAGAGAGUCCUAAUCAAUACUAAGUAACAAUGGAUGGUUUUUAGCCGUAAUUCCAGGUUUAGCUAUCAUGGAUGAAACAGAUCAGAAGAAUGCAGGAGCUUUUUCUUUCCCCUCUGGUUUCAGAAGGCUUAGUGUCUAUGCUCUCCAGACUGGCUUUCAGCAUUUAGUCCUGAAACCUCUGUGUCCUGCUAUAAAACAUUAUUUUUCUGAAGUUUCCAGUCCCAGCUAUUCAGACCAGGACUACCUACAAGAUCUGUCCCCAAGAGACAACCUACCCAUCGACUGCUCCAACAAACGCUACCUGGUAGACGUGUUUGGGUCCUGCACCACAGUUUACGGAAACAAGCCUGAGGGUUGGUAUGAAUUCGGUUGGGGUCAGAUUGGUGUCUUCAUCAGUGGUUUCCAACUGUUGAGGCCGGGCUCCUCGCUACCCGACACCCCCGAUCCCGGCGGGAGUCUGCGGGCUCUGGGGACUUCGCGAGAGGAAACGUCAGGUAAACGCCAGCGCAUCUCCCUAAUGAAGGACGAGAUAAAAUCGCCGGCGCUGACAACACCGCUUCAUCCCGCCGGGCCGGAGCCCGCCCUGGGGCUGGGUCGCCACCGCCUCCCCUCAGCGCCCGCCCCGCCGCCGCCGGGAGAGAGCGUGGAGCGGCCGGAACGGAGCUCCGCUGCGUGA